CUACUCUCCCUCUCCCUCUUCUUCUUCAGGAAAGAGAGGAGCUCGUUCCCUUUCCAGCACACAGCAAUGGCUCCAUCACCAGAUACAAUCAAGAUUGAGCGCUACAACAGCUACCUCCGCCGUGUAAACAGCGUGAAGAUAAUGGCGGCGGCCUCCUCCAAGCUCCUCUUCAGAACCACUCUCCUCACCACCGUCGUCCUCGUCGUCCUCUUCACUGUCAAUUACCCACCUCUCUCGUCCUCUUCAACCCCAACCCAAACCUCACCAUUCUACAAUUCUCACCGUAGCCUUCUCUCCUCCUACACCUCUACCAAGAAUUCCGGCGCUGCGUGGGAGAAGCAGGUCAGGACUUCUGCUGCACCCCGUAGGCAUCAUGGCAUGUCGGUGCUUGUAACGGGGGCGGCGGGGUUUGUAGGGACCCACUGCUCACUGGCGUUGAAGAAACGAGGGGAUGGGGUCGUGGGGCUUGAUAACUUCAACUCAUACUAUGAUCCGUCGCUAAAGAGGGAUCGGCAGGCGAUGCUUGGGAGGCAUGGGGUGAUGGUGGUGGAUGGGGAUAUCAAUGAUGGGCCGUUGCUGGUGAAGCUUUUCGAUGUUGCCGCGUUUACCCAUGUCCUUCAUCUUGCUGCUCAGGCCGGAGUUCGCUAUGCAAUGAAGAACCCCCAAUCCUACGUCGCAUCCAACAUCGCGGGCCUCGUUAACCUCUUCGAAAUCGCAGCAAAAACUGCAAACCCGCAACCCGCAAUUGUAUGGGCCUCCUCCUCCUCCGUCUACGGCCUCAACACCGAAAGCCCCUUCUCGGAGCUCCACCGAACUGACCAACCUCUCUACGCUGCCACCAAAAAGGCCGGCGAAGAAAUCGCCCACACAUACAACCACAUCUACGGCCUCUCCAUAACAGGCCUCCGCUUCUUCACCGUUUUCGGGCCGUGGGGCAGGCCUGACAUGGCCUACUUCAGCUUCACCAAGGACAUCCUCAACGGAAAACCGAUAACGGUGUUCCAGACGCAGGACGGGAAAGAAGUCGCCCGCGACUUCACCUACAUUGACGACGUGGUAAAGGGUUGUCUCGGGUCGUUGGAUACUGCAGAGAAAAGCACGGGGAGCGGAGGGAAGAAGAGGGGGCCGGCACAGCUGAGGGUGUACAAUUUGGGGAACACGUCGCCGGUGCCAGUAGGUAAAUUGGUGGGCAUAUUGGAGGGAUUGUUGGGAGUGAAGGCAAAGAAGAAUAUCGUCAAGAUGCCUAGAAACGGAGAUGUGCCGUUCACACAUGCCAAUGUGAGCCUGGCGGCGCAUGAUUUGGGGUACCAACCGAGGACGGAUUUGGCGACGGGAUUACGGAAGUUUGUGAAGUGGUAUGUUGGUUAUUACGGGAUUAAGUCGCCGAUGAAGGGUGGGGGGUUGAAAGAGUAGCAGAGGUGGGGGGUAGGUGGGUGGAUGUUGCGUGUAAAAAUGAGUGCGCGUUAAGUUAAAAUGUGAAUCUUACAGUUGGUGUUUUGUUCUAAAUGUUCAAAUUUGUAGUAUAUGUUAUGAUGAUAAUGAUGGUGGUGAUGAUGAAGCAAGUGUAUUUAUUUAAUCAUAGGAUAAGAGAAGAGAAUAAGGUAACACGUAGAAGGGUGGGAAGAGAAUAAGGUCUCUCUUUAGGAUUUUUUUUGGUAUUUAUAUUUAUUUAUGUACUUUUUUAUCAAUGUCUGUGGAAUGUUUUCUUUUCUUUGUACCGAAGGAAUUGUUAUAAAAGAAAGAGAGUUUUGCUGUGGGGAUGUAAA